AUGCGUCAGCGCGCGGCCUGCCGGGAGGCGGAAGCGGAAGCGCACGUCUCCCCGGGAGCGAUGGCAGCCGGGGGUCUGAGCCGCUCGGAGCGCAAGGCCGCCGAGCGGGUGCGGCGGCUGCGGGAGGAGCAGCAGCGGGAGCACCUCCGCCAGGUGUCGCGCAUCCUGAGGAAGGCGGCGGCCGAGCGCAGCGCGGAGGAGGGCCGGCUCCUGGCGGAGAGCGCAGACCUGGUGACCGAGCUGCAGGGCCGGAGCCGGCGGCGCGAAGGCCUGAAGCGGCGGCAGGAAGAGGUGUGCGAUGACCCCGAAGAGUUGCGGAGGAAAGUGCGGGAGCUGGCUGGCGCCGUGCGGAACUCCAAGUACCUGGUCGUCUACACAGGCGCGGGGAUCAGCACGGCGGCCUCUAUACCGGAUUACCGGGGUCCUAAUGGAGUGUGGACACUGCUUCAGAAAGGGAGGCGUGUUAGUGCUGGCGACCUGAGUGAGGCCGAGCCCACCCUCACCCACAUGAGCAUCGCCCGCUUACACGAGCAGAAGCUGGUGCAGCACGUGGUGUCUCAGAACUGCGACGGGCUCCACCUGCGGAGCGGGCUGCCUCGCUCAGCCAUCUCAGAGCUCCAUGGGAACAUGUACAUUGAAGUCUGCACAGCCUGCACCCCCAACAGGGAGUACGUGCGGGUGUUCGAUGUGACGGAGCGCACGGCUCUGCACCGGCACCAGACGGGCCGGGCCUGCCACAAGUGUGGGGCCCCGCUCCGGGACACCAUUGUGCACUUUGGGGAGAGGGGGACCCUGGGGCAGCCUCUGAACUGGGAGGCGGCCACCCAGGCUGCCAGCAAAGCAGACACGAUCCUGUGUUUAGGCUCCAGCUUAAAGGUUCUAAAGAAGUAUCCGCGCCUCUGGUGCAUGACCAAGCCCCCCAGUCGGCGGCCCAAGCUCUACAUUGUGAACUUGCAGUGGACCCCGAAGGAUGACUGGGCUGUCCUGAAGCUCCACGGGAAGUGUGAUGACGUCAUGCAGCUCCUCAUGGAUGAGCUGGGCCUAGAGAUCCCUGCCUAUAGCAGGUGGCAGGACCCCAUCUUCUCCUUGGCGACCCCGCUGCGGCCCGGCGAAGAGGGCAGCCACAGCCGGAAGUCGCUGAGCAGAAGUCGAGAGGAGCUCCCGGCGGAGGCCCGGGACGCACCGCUGAGUUCAACCCCAGUCCUGGGCGGCUGGUUUGGCAGGGGCUGCGCCAAAGGCGCGAAGAGGAAGAGAGUGACAUAGCCUGGGGCUUGACUGGGAAUAGCAUUGGCACUUUGCGGAUGGCUGGAGCCCCGGUUUGGGCUGGCGGCACCCCGAGGGCCGGGACAGCCCCAUGUGGUGCAGUGAGAAUUCUCCGGGGGUGACAUCUUCACCGGGACACGCUUAGCCAUUUGUUCUGAUGGGCGCCCCCUUGCGCUGCUGUGGGCCUGACAGAUGACCCCAGGCCCAUCCAGGCUCUCCCUGAAGAGGGGGCAGCCACGCCUUCCUGCGGACAGAACCUGGGGCGUCCCAGGGCUGGCCAAGAGGAAAUGAACUCGGCCUUACCCCGCUCACCGGGCUAGUCCGGGCUCGCCCUGCGUCUCCUCCCUCCGAAUGCUAACUUGAUGCGAACCUCGCUCUGCUUUGGUAUGCGGCCAAGGGGCGGUUUGGAGCCUUCGCUCUCGGCAGGCCUCCUUAUUGCCAUUAAACG